ACGAAACCAUCUCUGUGAAUCUGCUGCUCAGUCUGAUAGGGUGUUUCACAAUGGCAGAAGCACAUUUUGAAGAUAUGGAUCUGAUUACCUGUUCAAUCUGUCUGGAUUUACUGAAGGAUCCGGUGACUACUGCCUGUGGACACAGUUACUGUAUGGGCUGUAUUAUAGAACACUGGGAUCAGGAUGAUCUGAAAGGUUUCUACAGCUGUCCACAGUGCAGACAGACCUUUAUCCCAAGGCCUGUUCUAAACAGGAGCACUGUGCUGGCUGAAGUGGUGGAGAAACUGAAGAACAGAGGACUCCAGGCUGCUCCCCCUCCUGCUCACUGUUAUGCUGGACCUUUAGAUGUGGGGUGUGACAGCUGCAUUGGGAGAAAACUCAAAGCUUUCAAGUCUUGUCUGAUGUGUCUGGCCUCUUACUGUGAGACUCACCUCAAUCUUCACAAUGACCUCAACCGAGGAAAAAAACACAAGUUGAUUGAUGCCACUGGACAACUCCAGGAGAAGAUUUGCCCUCAUCAUGACAAAUUGCUGGAGGUUUACUGUCGUACAGAUCAGCAGUGUAUCUGUCUGCUGUGUGUGAUGGAUGAACAUAAAGGCCAUGAUACAGUGUCAGCUGCAGCAGAGAGGACUGAGAAACAGAAGCAGAUGGGGGAAAACAGUCUGAAAUCCAUGCUGAGAAUCCAGGAGAGAGAGAAGGAGAUGCAGGAGCUGAGACAGGCUGUGGACUCUCUGAAGUGCUCUGCACAAGAGGAAUUGUCUGACAGUGAGAGGACCUUAACUGAGCUGAUCCUCUUCAUUGAGAGAAGGCGCUCUGAGGUGAAUGAGCUGAUCAGAGCCCAGGAGGAGGCUGAAGUGAGUCGAGCUAAAAGGCGACUGCAGCAACUGGAACAGGAAGUGGCUGAGUUGAAGAGGAGAGAUACUGAACUAAAGCAGCUUUCACACACAGAGGAUAACAUCCAUUUCCUCCAGAGUUUCCAGUCUCUCUGUGUUACUCCUGGAUCUGAGGCCAUACCCAGCAUCAGUAUCACAUUUGAACAAGCGAAGAAAUGUGUCUCUGACCUGAAAGAGAUCUGCAAGGUGGAAAUGGACAGGAUAUCCAGGAAAGAUGUGUUUAAAUCAAAUAAUAUGAUUAUAAUAUUUGUUUUUAUUAUUGUCUUGUUUCUAAUGUUUUUUGGGAGAGGGGGGGGCGGGGGAUGAAUCAGCUUUAAUAUUGCAGAUAGAUUGUGACUUAUAUCAGCGUAAUUGUCUGCAUCAUUUCCAAUACCCCAUAUAUAUAUAUAUUUUGAAAACAUCAUCUUAAAUAUAUUUUCCUUUUUUAUUAAUUUCCCCAAACCCUACCACCACUCCCCUAACUGGAGUAACUAAUGGACAGAAUACUUAGGCUUCCACUUCCUUUAUACAUAAUACAUACAUUUCACGGACACUGUAUUUGACAUUAGUUAUCUUUGAAGACCAUCUACCUCUGAAGACCAUCCAGUUUUGAUUUCUAUUUGUCAUAUACAUUUCUCAUAUUCUGAACCUUUCUAAUCUCACAGUUUCUACAGAUUGUAAAUAUUAAAGAUAAACACCUUUGCUAAGAGUAUUAUUAUAUUAUUGAUCGAUUGACUGUGACUUUUCAACAACCAGUAGCAUGAAUUUGUUAGUACAGCACACACUACACAAGCACUGCAUCACUCAUUAACUUGACUUGGCAAUCUCUUCUCCCAUAUGACCAGUUGGAAAAGUCUAAGUGGGAUCCUUAGGACCUCCAACUCUGAUGUCACCCCAAUGAAGGUUACAUUUUAAACGGUUAAAGGAACAGGUUAAGGUUAGGGUUAAGUUAAGGGUUAGGUUUAGGGUUUAGUGUAGGGACAUCCAAAGGAUACCAUUUAGCAUCAACCAUGCCAAAUUGCCCAUUUCCCACUCACUUUUAGAAACUCAAACGGGGUGCGUUCAGUUCAAUUAAACGCUUGCUUUGUUUGCGUAACGGCUUGUACUGAAUGACACGUUUCCCAAAAACGCUCUUCAAUGUUCUGCUCCGUUUGGUGGGUGUGGCAGGGUGUGUCAUGAAGCAACAAGUGGUGUAUUUAAAGGAAAGCGGCCAUGCUGACAGCAUUCCCUAAAUCACAACCCAACCCCUUACAAUUUUUCAACUGGUCGUUCAGAACAGCACCGUUUCCGUUUAAUUGAAUAAUGCAUUACAUUUUAUUUGUGCUGAAUGCAGCCCUGAUGCCCAAGGGAAGGGCGCCAGAGGUGAUUGGCCAACAUAUGGGUGCAGAGAUUGGCUGACUGACUUGUCAAUAAUAUAUUCUUAAAGGCACAGGGCCUUUUUCCUCUUCCUGGACUGGUUCCUGCUGACAUUGGAUCCCAACACAGCACAUCAACUCCUGUGUCUAUCUGAGGGGAACCAAAAGUUGACCAGGAGUGAUAAGAUUCAGCCUUAUCUCAACCAUCAACAUAUAUUCAGCCACUGGAAACAGGUUUUGUGUGGAGAGUGUCUGUCUGGAGCUACUGGGAGGAAGAGCGGAUCGGGUUGAGGUUGAUUUAGCCAUCUCAGAUAAAGCCAUCAGCAGGAGAGGAAGUGGUAAUGACUGUUGGUUUGGAGGUAAUGACCACAGCGCUCCUACCGACAGUGAGUCACGUGGACGUGGAACGUUAUAAUGGGGAAAACGAGUGACUGUUAAGGAAAUUUUUAUCAAUGAUGACUAAUUAUGUGUACCUUUCAAUCAGGACUGACUAGUCCAAAUGCUAUUAUGUACUGUACAUAUAUGAAUUUUCCCUCUUGCUCCCAUUCCCAAUUGUAUAUAAUAUAGUCAGGAGUCUAGUAACAAUGACGGUCUGUUCCUUUGUACAAAUGAAUGAACUAUCUCCAGACUGUCUAGAAUGCUGAUUUACAAUGACUGACCUUGGCUUUAGGCGAGGAGGGAAGGCUCGAGAACUAUAGGGCCUCUCUACCGGUGUCAUGAAGAGAUAGAACAUUUAGAAAACGCUGACGUCAUUUUCAGUUUAUAACCUGUGGAAAAAUGUGUAUGUACCAGUACUCUUCAAGAAUAAAUGCUGAGCCUGUUUUUAA